AUGUCGUGGUUCAAGUGGGUAAGGAAUCAGUUGGUUUUUCUUGUUCUCAGUGCUUCUGCAGAGGUCUCCAUCCUGUCCGUCGCCGCACUUAAUCCAUCGUGGUUUACUGUGUCGCCUGUGUCCUACGAAAUCAAUCUGGGCUGUUUGACGGUUUCCAUCCUGCGUGAUGCUACCCAGCGCACUCGAUCUAGCAGGCCAAGUCAUUACAUCACACUAAGGGACGACGUGUAUAAGCACAACACAGACGAGAACUCUGAGGAUAACCUAGACCGACCUUCGUCAAAGAGCCUGGAAGAUAAGUUGGCUCUUCUCUGCCAGCUUGAAGUGAGAAUAGCAAGUUUCUGGCCAGACGGACAAACUCGUUCGUCAAACAACCCAAAGAUACCUGUCCUGAUAGCGCUGGUCAAGGACAUAAUGAGGCGAGAGGAGAUAAACGAAGUGGGGAAAUCUCCUGACCUUAUCAGGGUUUUGGAAGCAUUGAAACUUGGUUCGCUAGCCAGAAAUGCACGUACUAUCAUGUCCUGCAGCACCAAGAACAAGUCGGAAAUGGCAUCCAGAAGGCCGCGUACCAAUCUUGCACCACACCACAUGGUGUCCUCAAGCUUCCCACUUUCCCCCUUCCAAGCCUACUUGAUGGACGCCCCAGAAUCAUCAAUGUUUACACCGAUUGAGUUCGACCCCGACGAUCACUCUAGUCUCAGACAGCGGGGGAUACCUGCUCAACUCGGUUCAUCACGUUUUAACCCAUAUGCACGCAGCACGCCUAGCUCAAGGCCUUCUACAUCGCUAGCGUCAGCAAGCGUAAUAGAUGAUGCCGAUAGCGCUCGUUGCAUCACAGACUUGCCAGAAGCUCCACAGCCUAAGUGUAGCAGGAAGGAUUAUAGUAAAACACAGCAACGAGCCAUCGAAUGGGCGAAAUUGCGCCUCGUUAUGGACGGUGCAACUACCGGCUGGAUCAGGAACAGCACCAGAGACGAGAAGGCCAAGAUGGAGGUGCGCGUUAGGGAGAUCAUUUUUCAUGCCAGUGUAAAGUUCGGUUGUGUCCAAGCCCUAACGCAGGACCGUAGACGGCUCGCAAAAAUCGGCGAAGAAUUUGCGAACCUGCACAAGCUUGAACCGCCGUCAAAGCGGUCCGAGGAGGAACGCCAGAUUUUUAUGAACAAUCGAAGGGCAGUCAUCUACGAUGCAAAUCAGCCUUUCGAAUACUAUCUACAUGGUAUAGAGGAGACUGAGACGUCUACCAAUGUCCUGGUCUUCUCAGAUCAAGCUGUCGAAAAUACUCAUAUCAGGCACUGGUAUCAGAGCAAGAAAUCGCCACUUUGUGACGAAGAAAUGAGGUCCUCGAUUGAUACGACGCCCCUUGACAUGUACGCGGAGUCAGCGGCAGGA